GGAAAAUAUCGCUUACAGCGGAACCACAGAUAUCGAAUGACAUUGGGCCUUUUUCAUAUAUAUGCCCGAGAUGUCAGGGCCACUCCAAGCAUUUGCGAAAGACAUUUACCUUGGGCAGCAUGUUCAGGGUUAUUCAACUGCAUAUCCUGAUCCUGGUCAGCUCGUUGACAUUGAUGAGCGCACAGCAGCAGCAGCAGCAGGGGAUUCAAAUGUAUCCCUCAUGGCUAUACUCGAUGCCCUGGCGUCCACUGAUCCUGCCCACAGCUAGCCCUUUGCCGCCUCUGGAGGGGAUUGCUCAACUGAGUCCUGGUUACACGGGCCCCCAGACGUUCCCUGCAGCUCCUCAGGAUCAACAGCAGCAGCAGCAGCAACAAAAGCAGCAAUUUACCAUCCCGCAGCAGCAGCAAUAUCAGCCACCAAACCAACAGCAGUACCAACAGCCGUUUCAGCCCGUACUGGUGGGUUUAUUCACUCCUCAGCUGCAGGCCCAUCCCCUGGCCGCUCCUCCACAGGCUGGACACUUUGGCCUGCCCUUCAGACCAUCCCCCUUCGCCGGCUACACGGAUGACGAGGAUGGUGACACGGUCCAGGGGCAGGGAAACCAUGUCCAGGAGCAACAGCCGCAGCAGCAACUGGAGGAAGCCCCCUUCCAUGCCUAUCCCUAUAAGCCAGUGCAGGAGCAGCCAAGAGGUGCAGGAGGAUUUGGAGGUGGCCCACUAGGCUAUGUAUAUUUCUCCCCUAGUAAUGCUUAUAAUCUCGUAAGAACUUAGGUCAGGUAAAGUACAAGUACCAACAAAUCUAACCUACUAAAUCUUA